UUGAGCAAACCUUCAUUGAUCACGAUCUUAGACCAAUCUGUCAGGGACCAUCAGUUAUUGAAAUACUUGCUGCUGUAACUUUGGGUCCGAUGUUGGCUGUGUCAGCCUUAGACAAGCCAGCCAUUCUGACUCCUACUGAAUUGAGCUCACUCAAAGAAUUGAGUGACUUAGCUUUGGCGGAAGUAAGGGCACACAUGUCUGAAAUGGGGCAUCACUCACUCGAUAUCAUAGAUGAGGAAGAAGAACUAAGCAUUGUCCAUUCCUCCAAAAGUAAGGAAUGCGAAGAAAAGUUACUACAUCUAGAAACGGGUCUGCAAAAUGUUCCUGAAAAAAAUGUAGCAAAUGAUACACCGAUAACACUUGCAAACAUAGUCAAGGUAUCUGAACAUGAAAAUAUGGCGGAGGUAAAGCAAUCUCUGCAAGUUGAAACUCAGUUCCCUCCCACUACACCAAUUACAGAAACUCCUAAAGUAGCUAAACCUGAGGAUAUACAUGUGGAAGCACCAGUGUUACGAGAAAUUGUACUGCCCAUUGAAAGUGAGAAAGAUCCUCCUGCAGCCCAAGUUAUGAAGAAUUACAAAGAAACUGAUUUAGGGAGUGGAAAUUUUCCUACUUCUUCGAAAACUUCUAUCAGCGUCACAGAUCCGGGGCUAUUAACCGCAACACAACCCGCAGUUGAGAGUCAAGUUCUGUCGCCCUCUGAACUAAAAGUUAACACCGUGGUUAAUGAUUUACUGUUUUUAGCUGAAACUCCUCGAAAUUCACCUGAUACAGAAUCUGAAAAGGAUACUGAAUCAAAAGCUAUGACAGAAAUCCUGCAGUCUGCUAAAGUCCCGCAUAUAGAACAAGAAGUUAAAACUUCUAAUGAAUAUGAACCUAAUGGUGUCCCGUUAUCAGAUGUCCCUGUAAUUUUCAAAGUAAGUGAAGUUCAGGCUCAGCCUGCUACACCAUGUAAACCAGAAACACCACAAUACAUACAAAUAAAACACACAAUAGCAGUUGAAGCUGGGAACUUACCUCAAACACAACUCAAAAACCCCCCCAAGGAAAAUGGAGGUAAAAUUGUUAGUGCUGCAAAAGCAUUGACGCUUUCUAAAACUGAACCCGAAACUCUGACAGUGGUGGAAGUAUCAGUGCAGUCAGUCGAAACAGAAUCAACAUCAUACUACCAAGCUCAAAUUCCUAUACUGCUGGAGAUACCCACGGAAUCUAUACCAGAGUCUUUUAUACUGCAGGCUGACGAAAAUAAAACACCACCAACCGUUGAACAUAUUACUCCAUUCGUGACAUUGGUGCCUCCUGAAUCAACACAGGCUGAGGAAGAAGAGACUAUAAGGCAAUCCGUAACAGAAGCUAUUAUUCACCAGGUUGUCGAGACAGAAAAAGAAGCAGGUGUUGAAGAAAUUUCAUUUAUUGAAGAUUAUAAAUCCUUCGUGGCAUUGAUGCUUUCGGAAACAACAUGGAUUGAGGAAGCAAAGAAAAUACCAUCAAAAGAUAUCAUUCCGGAAAUGCUCAGACAAUCUUUACCAGAAGUUCUCCCCCAUCAGCCUACCGUAUUGGAAAAAGAACAAGGUGUUAAAAUCAAUUAUCCAUUGGAAGCAUUUGUCAUUUCAGAAGCAAAGCAUACUGAUUUAGACCAAGAAUCACCUGCCGAUAUGCUCAUACCAUCAGGAAUAAUAACUCUAGAAAUGACCACACAAUCCGUAUCAGGGGAAAGGCCCAACGCUACAUCUGGUACUCCAUGCAAGGGGGAAGUGCCAGCAAAAGCAAUACAAAUGGACAAAGCAGAGCACACCACUGCUGCCAGUUUACACAUUCCAUCAGAACUUCAACUUCUGGAAAUAACAAAAGAAACUGUAUUGAAAACCUUUGUUAAGGAGACAGCAGACAAUUCUCCAUUGGAAGCACAAGUCCCUUCAGAAACAACGCAGACUAUCGUAGGACAAGAAUCAAUUAUCGAUUUACUCACACCACCGCAAAUAAUCGUUCCGGAUUUGCCCUCGCACUCUGCACACUCACAGCUACGUGCUCAAAAAAUUGUCGGAGUAGCGGAAACCUCAAACGUAGCAACGACGGAUCCGUCCGUGGCAAUAAAGUCUAUAGAAGCAACGCAAACUGACGAAACAAAGAAGAUCCCUGCUGUCACUAUACACAUAUCGUCAGAAACAAUACUUUUGGAUAUACCAACAAAAACUAUAUCCAAAACUUCUAUUAAUCAGGCUAGGGAACAGGAGAACGCACCAGCUCAUAGAGACUAUCAACUUUCCGUGCCAGUCGUGCCUUCCGUAACGCAAACUAACCUAGAGACGACAAUAUCACCAGCAAAAAUCAUUGCGGUGAUGCCCACGGAAUCUGUGUCAGAGACCCUUACUCAGGAAGUUGUCGAAGUAGCGAAAAGUUCAUAUGCGGAAGCGCUGGCUACGUCCGUAGCAGUGGAGUCUAUGGAAGCAACGAAAACUGGUGAAGCAGAAAACAUCCCAGCUGUCAAUAUACACAUAUCGGCAGAGACAAUACCUUUGGAUAUACCCCAAAGCUCUAUAUCUGUGGCUUCUAAUAAUCAGGCUCUGGAAAACAAGAACGCACCAGAUCAUAAAGACCAUCAACCUUCCGUGACAUUUGUGCCUUUAGUAACGGAGACUGAAGUAGAGAAGGCAACAUCGCCCAAAAAUAUCAUUGCGGUGGUGCCCAAGGAAUCUGUAUCAGAGGCCCUUACUCAGGAAACUGUCGAAGUAGCAAAAAGCUUAGCCGCGGAAACCACGGCUCCAUCCGUUGCAGUAGGAUCUAUAGAAGUAACGCAAACUGACGAAGCAGUGAAGAUUCCUAUUGAAAUUAUACAUAUAUCGCCAGACACAAUACCUUUGGAUGUAUUCAAAAAAUCUGUACCAGAGACCACUAUCAAUCAGCCUAUGGAAAACGAGAACGCACCAGAUCAUAAAGACCAUCAACAUUCCGUGACAGUCGCGCCAUUAUUAACGCAGACUAGCCUAGAGAAGAAAAUAUUGCCUGAAAAUAUCAUUGCGGUGGUGCCAAAGGAAUCUGGAUCAGAAGCCCUUACUCAGCCAGCUGUCGAAGUAGUGAAAAGCUCAGACGCAGAAACCACGGCUCCAUCCGUGGCUGCAGGGUCUAUAGAAGCACCGAAAAUUGACGAAGCAGAGAUGAUUCCUAUUGAAAAUCUACACAUAUCGCCAGACACAAUACCUUUGGAUGUACUCAAAAAAUCUGUACCAGAGACCUCUAUCAAUCAGCCUAUGGAAAACGAGAACGCACCAGAUCAUAAAGACCAUCAACGUUCCGUGACAGUCGAGACUUUAGUAACGCAAACUUACCUAGAGAAGAAACCAUUGCCUGAAAAUAUCACUACGGUGGUGCCCACGGAAUCUGUGUCAGAGGCCCUUACUCAGGAAACUGUCGAAGUAGCAGAAAGCUCAGAAAUAGAAGCGCCUGCUCCGUCCGUCGCAGUGGAGUCUAUAGAAGUAACGCAAACUGAUGAAGAAGAAAACAUUCCUGCUGUCAAUAUACACAUAUCGUCAGAAACAAUACCUUUGGAUAUACAAAAAAGCUCCAUAUCUGAGACUUCUAAUAAUCAGGCUAUGGAAAGCGAGAUCGCACCAGAUCAUAAAGACCAUCAAUCCUUCGUGACAGUCGUGCCUUCAGUAGCGGGUACUGACCUAGAGAAGACAACAACGCUUGAAAAUAUUAUUGCGGUGGUGCCCACUGAAUCUGUACCAGAGGUCCUUACUCAGGAAGUUCUCGAAGUAGCGAAAAGUACGGAUGCGGAAACGCCGGCUCCGUCCAUAGCAGUGGAGUCUCUAGAAGCAACGCAAACUAGCGAAGCAGAGAACAUACCUGCUGUCAAUCCACAAAUAUCAUCAGAAACAAUACCUUUGGAUAUACCCAAAAGCUGUAUAUCGGAGACCUCUAAUAAUCAGGCUAUGGAAAACGAGAAAGACCAUCAACCUGUCGUGACGGUCGUGCCUUCCGUAACGCAGCCUGACCUAGAGAAGACAACAUCGCCUGAAAAUAUCAUUGCGGUGGCACCCACGGAAUCUGUAUCAGGGGUCCUUACUCAGGAAGUGGUCAAAGUAGCAGAAUGUUCAGAUGCGGAAGCGCCGGUUCCGUCCGUAGCAGUGGAGUUUAUAGAAGCAACGCAAACUGAUGCAGCAGAAAACAUCCCUGCUGUUAAUAUACACAUAUCGUCAGAAACAAUGCCUUUGGAUAUACAGAAAAGCUCUAUAUCUGAGACAUCUAAUAAUCAGGCUAUGGAAAACGAGAAAAACCAUCAACCUUUCGAGACAGUAGUACCUUCAAUAUCGCAGACUGACCUAGAGAAGACAACAUCGCCUGAAAAUAUCAUUGCGGUGGCACUCACGGAAUCUGUAUCAGACGCCUUUACUCAGGAAGUUGUCGAAGUAGCGAAAAAUUCAAAUGCGGAAGAGCCAGCUCCGUCCGUAGCAGUUGAGUCUAUAGAAGUAACGCAAACUGAUGAAGCAGAAAACAUCUCUGCUGUAAAUACACACAUUUCGUCAGAAGCAAUACCUUUGGAUAUACCCAACCUCUAUAUAUCUGAGACAUCUAAUAAUCAAGCUAUGGAAAACGAGAAAGACCAUCAACCUUUCGAAACAGCAGUACCUUCAGUAACGCAGACUGACCUAGAGAAGGUAGCAUCGCCUGAAAAUAUCAUUGCGGUGGUGUCCACGGAAUCUGUAUCAGAGGCCCUUACUCAGGAAGUUGUCGAAGUAGCGAAAAGUUCAGAUGCGGAAGCGCCGGUUCCGCCCGUAGCAGUGGAGUAUAUAGAAGUAACGCAAACUGGUGAAGCAGAGAAAAUCGCUGCUGUCAAUAUACACAUAUCGUCAGAAACAAUACUUUUGGCUAUACUCAAAAGCUGUAUAUCGGGGACCUCUAAUACUCAGACUAUGGAAAACGAUAAGGACCAUCGCUCUUUCGAAAUAGUCGUGCCUUCAGUAACGCAGACUGACCUAGAGAAGACAACAUCGCCUGAAAAUAUCAUUGCGGUGGUGCCCACGGAAUCUGUAUCAGAGGCCCUUACUCAGGAAGUGGUCAAAGUAGCAAAAUGUUCAGAUGCGGAAGCGCCGGUUCCGUCCGUAGCAGUGGAGUCUAUAGAAGCAACGCAAACUGAUGCAGCAGAAAACAUCCCUGCUGUUAAUAUACACAUAUCGUCAGAAACAAUGCCUUUGGAUAUACAGAAAAGCUCUAUAUCUGAGACAUCUAAUAAUCAGGCUAUGGAAAACGAGAAAAACCAUCAACCUUUCGAGACAGUAGUACCUUCAAUAUCGCAUACUGACCUCGAGAAGACAACAUCGCCUGAAAAUAUCAUUGCGGUGGCACUCACGGAAUCUGUAUCAGACGCCUUUACUCAGGAAGUUGUCGAAGCAGCGAAAAAUUCAGAUGCGGAAGCGCCGGCUCCGUCCGUAGCAGUUGAGUCUAUAGAAGUAACGCAAACUGAUGAAGCAGAAAACAUCUCUGCUGUAAAUACACACAUUUCGUCAGAAGCAAUACCUUUGGAUAUACCCAACCUCUCUAUAUCUGAGACAUCUAAUAAUCAAACUAUGAAAAACGAAAAAGACCAUCAACCUUCCAUGACAGUCGUGCCUUCAGUAACACAGACUGACCUAGAGAAGACAAAAUCGCCUGAAAAUAUCAUUGCGGUGGUGCCCACGGCAUCCGCAUCAGGGGCCCCUACUCAGGAAGUUGUCGAAGUAGCGAAAGGCGCAGACACGGAGGCGCCGUCCGCAGCACUGAAGUCUAUAGAAGUAACGCAAACUGGUGAAGCAGAGAAGAACGCUGCUUUUAAUUUACACAUAUCGUCAGAAACAAUACCUUUGGAUAUACCCAAAAGCGCUAUAUCUGAGAGCUCUAAUAAUCACGUUAAGGAGAACGAGAAAAACCAUCAACCUUUCACGACAGUAGUACCUUCAGUAACGCAGAUUGACGUAGAGAAGGUAGCAUCGUCUGAAAAUAUCAUUGCGGUGGUGCCCUCGGGAUCUGUAACAGAGGCCCUUACUCAGGAAGUUGUCGAAGUAGCGCAAAGUUCAGAUGCGGAAGCGGCGGUUCCAUCCGUAGCAGUGGAGUCUAUAGAAGUACUCGUAACGCAAACUGGUGAAGCAGAAAACAACUCUGCUGUAAAUAUACACAUUUCGUCAAAAACAAUACCUUUGGAUAUACCCAAAAGCAGUAUAUCUGAGACCUUUAAUAAUCUGGCCAUGGAAAACGAGAAAGACUCUCAACCUUUCGAGCCAGCCGUGCCUUCCGUAACGCAGACUGACCUAGAGAAGACAACAUCGCCUGAAAAUAUAAUUGCGGUGGUGUGCACGGAAUCUGUAUCAGAGGCCCUUACUCAGGAAGUUGUCGAAGUAGCGAAAGGCUCAGACGCGGAGGCGCGGUCCGUAGCAGUGGAGUCUAUAGAAGCAUCGCAAACUGGUGAAGCAGAGAAGAUCGCUGCUGUAAAUAUACACAUAUCGUCAGAAACGAUACCGUUGGAUAUACCCAACAGAUCUAUAUCUGAGACCUCUACUAAUCAGGGUAUGGAAAACGAGAAAGACCAUCAACCUUCCGUGACAGUCGUGCCUUCAGUAUCGCAGACUGACCUAGAGAAGUUAGCAUCGCCUCAAAAUAUCAUUGCCGUGGUGCCCACGGAAUCUGUGUCAGAGGCCCUUUCUCAGGAAGUUGUCGAAGUAGCGAAAAGUUCAGACGCGGAAGCGCCGGCUCCGCCUGUAGCAGUGGAGUCUAUAGAAGUAACGCAAAUUGGUGUAGCAGAGAAAAUUGCUGCUGUAAAUAUACACAUAUCGUCAGAAACAAUACCUUUGGAUAUUCCCAAAAGUUCUAUAUCUGAGACAUCUAUUAAUCAGGCUAUGGAGAAAGAGAGCGGUCGAGAUAGUAAAAACCAUCUACCUUCCGUAACAGUCGUGCCUUCAGUAACGCAGACUGACGUAGAGAAGGUAGCAUCGCCUGAAAAUAUCAUUGCCGUGGUGUCCACGGAAUCUGUAUCAGAUGCCCUUACUCAGGAAGUUGUCGAAGUAGCGAAAAGUUCAGAUGCGGAAGCGCCGGCUCCGCCCGUAGCAGUGGAGUCUAUAGAAGUAACGCAAAUUGGUGGAGCAGAGAAGAUUGCUGCUGUAAAUAUACACAUAUCGUCAGAAACAAUACCUUUGGAUAUACCCAAACUCUCUAUAUCUGAGACAUCUAAUAAUCAAGCUAUGGAGAACGAGAACGGUGGAGAUCAUAAAGACCAUCAACCUUCCGUAACAGUCGUGCCUUCAGUAACGCAGACUGACGUAGAGAAGGUAGCAUCGCCUAAAAAUAUCAUUGCCGUAGUGUCCACGGAAUCUGUAUCAGAGGCCCUUACUCAGGAAGUUGUCGAAGUAGCGAAAGGCUCAGACGCGGAGGCGCGGUCCGUAGCAGUGGAGUCUAUAGAAGCAUCGCAAACUGGUGAAGCAGAGAAGAUCGCUGCUGUAAAUAUACACAUUUCGUCAGAAACAAUACCUUUGGAUAUUCCCAAAACUUCUAUAUCUGAGACACCUAAUAAUCAGGCUAUGGAGAACGAGAACGGACGAGAUCAUAAAGACCAUCAAUCUUCCGUAACGGUCGUGCCUUUAGUAACGCAGACUGACGUAGAAAAGGCAACAUCGCCUGACAAUAUCAUGGCGGUGGUGCCCACGGAAUCUGCAUCAGAGGCCCUUAUUCAGGAAGUUGUCGAAGUAGCGAAAAGUUCAGAUGCGGAAACGCCGGCUCCGCCCGUAGCAGUGGAGUCUAUAGAAGUAACGCAAAUUGGUGAAGCAGAGAACAUCGCUGCUGUAAAUAUACACAUAUCGUCAGAAACAAUACCUUUGGAUAUACCCAAACUCUCUAUAUCUGAGACAUCUAAUAAUCAAGCUAUGGGAAACGAGAAAGACCAUCAACCUUCCGUGACAGUCGUGCCUUCAGCAACGCAGACUGACGUAGAGAAGGUAGCAUCGCCUGAAAAUAUCAUUGCCGUGGUGCACACGGAAUCUGUAUCAGAGGACCUUACUCAGGAAGUUGUCGAAGUAGCGAAAAGUUCAUAUGCGGAAGCGCCGGCUCCUUCGGUAGCAGUGGAGUCUAUCGAAGCUACGCAAAUUGGUGGAGGAGAGAAGAUUGCUGCUGCCAAUAUACACAUAUCGUCAGAAACAAUACCUUUGGAUAUUCUCAAAAGCUGUAUAUCGGAGACCUCUAAUAAUCAGGCUAUGGAAAACGAUAAAGACCAUCAACCUUUCGAAAUAGUCGUGCGUUCAGUAACGCAGACUGACGUAGAGAAGGUAGCAUCGCCUGAAAAUAUCAUUUCGGUGGUGCCCACGGAAUCUGUAUCAGAGGACCUUACUCAGGAAGUUGUCGAAGUAGCGAAAAGUUCAGAUGCGGAAACGCCGGCUCCGUCCGUAGCAGUGGAGUCUCUAAAAGCUACGCAAAUUGGUGAAGGAGAGAAGAUCGCUGCUGCCAAUAUACACAAAUCGUCAGAAACAAUACCUUUGGAUAUACCCAAAAGCUCUAUAUCUGAGACCUCUACUAAUCAGGCUAUGGAGAACGAGAACGGUCGAGAUCAUAAAGACCAUCUACCUUCCGUAACAGUCGGGCCUUCAGUAACGCAGACUGACGUAGAGAAGGUAGCAUCGCCUAAAAAUAUCAUUUCGGUGGUGCCCACGGAAUCUGUAUCAGAGGACCUUACUCAGGAAGUUGUCGAAGUAGCGAAAAGUUCAGAUGCGGAAACGCCGGCUCAGUCCAUAACAGUGGAGUCUCUAAAAGCUACGCAAAUUGGUGAAGGAGAGAAGAUCGCUGCUGCCAAUAUACACAUAUCGUCAGAAACAAUACCUUUGGAUAUACCCAAAAGCUCUAUAUCUGAGACCUAUACUAAUCAGGCUAUGGAAAACGAGAAAGACCAUCAACCUUCCGUGACAGUCAUGCCUUCAGCAACGCAGACUGACGUAGAGAAGGUAGCAUCGCCUGAAAAUAUCAUUGCCGUGGUGCACACGGAAUCUGUAUCAGAGGCCCUUACUCAGGAAGUUGUCGAAGUAGCGAAAAGUUCAGAUGCGGAAACGCCGGCUCCUUCGGUAGCAGUGGAGUCUAUAGAAGCUAUGCAAAUUGGUGAAGCAGAGAAGAUCGCUGCAUUCAAUAGACACAUAUCGUCAGAAACGAUACCUUUGGAUAUACCCAAAAGCUCUAUAUCUGAGACCUCUAAUAAUCAGGCUAUGGAAAACGAUAAAGACCAUCAACCUUUCGAAAUAGUCGUGCGUUCAGUAACGCAGACUGACCUGGAGAAGACAACAUCGCCUGAAAAUAUCAUUUCGGUGGUGCCCACGGAAUCUGUAUCAGAGGACCUUACUCAGGAAGUUGUCGAAGUAGCGAAAAGUUCAGAUGCGGAAGCGCCGGUUCCGACCGUAGCAGUGGAGUCUAUAGAAGCAACGCAAAUUGGUAAAGCAGAGAACAUCGCUGCUGUAAAUAUACACAUUUCGUCAGAAACAAUACCUUUGGAUAUUCCGAAAACUUCUAUAUCUGAGACAUCUAAUAAUCAGGCUAUGGAGAACGAGAACGGUCGAGAUCAUAAAGACCAUCAACCUUCCGUAACGGUCGUGCCUUUAGUAACGCAGACUGACGUAGAAAAGGCAACAUCGCCUGACAAUAUCAUGGAAUCUGUAUCAGAGGCCCUUACUCAGGAAGUUGUCGAAGUAGCGAAAGGCUCAGACGCGGAGGCCCGGUCCGUAGCAGUGGAGUCUAUAGAAGCAUCACAAACUGGUGAAGCAGAGAAGAUCGCUGCUGUAAAUAUACACAUAUCGUCAGAAACGAUACCGUUGGAUAUACCCAACAGAUCUAUAUCUGAGGCCUCUACUAAUCAGGCUAUGGAAAACGAGAAAGACCAUCAACCUUCCGUGACAGUCGUGCCUUCAGUAUCGCAGACUGACCUAGAGAAGUUAGCAUCGCCUCAAAAUAUCAUUGCCGUGGUGCCCACGGAAUCUGCAUCAGAGGCCCUUAUUCAAGAAGUUGUCGAAGUAGCGAAAAGUUCAGAUGCGGAAACGCCGGCUCCGCCCGUAGCAGUGGAAUCUAUAGAAGUAACGCAAAUUGGUGAAGCAGAGAACAUCGCUGCUGUAAAUAUACACAUAUCGUCAGAAACAAUACCUUUGGAUAUACCCAAACUCUCUAUAUCUGAGACAUCUACUAAUCAGGCUAUGGAAAACGAGAAAGACCAUCAACCUUCUGUGACAGUCGUGCCUUCAGCAACGCAGACUGACGUAGAGAAGGUAGCAUCGCCUGAAAAUAUCAUUGCCGUGGUGCACACGGAAUCUGUAUCAGAGGACCUUACUGAAGAAGCUGUCGAAGUAGCGAAAAGUUCAGAUGCGGAAACGCCGGCUUCUUCGGUAGCAGUGGAGUCUAUAGAAGCUACGCAAAUUGGUGGAGGAGAGAAGAUUGCUGCUGCCAAUAUACACAUAUCGUCAGAAACAAUACCUUUGGAUAUACUCAAAAGCUGUAUAUCGGAGACCUCUAAUAAUCAGGCUAUGGAAAACGAUAAAGACCAUCAACCUUUCGAAAUAGUCGUGCGUUCAGUAACGCAGACUGACCUAGAGAAGACAACAUCGCCUGAAAAUAUCAUUUCGGUGGUGCCCACGGAAUCUGUAUCAGAGGACCUUACUGAAGAAGCUGUCGAAGUAGCGAAAAGUUCAGAUGCGGAAACGCUGGCUUCUUCGGUAGCAGUGGAGUCUAUAGAAGCUACGCAAAUUGGUGAAGCAGAGAAGAUCGCUGCUGCCAAUAUACACAUAUCGUCAGAAACAAUACCUUUGGAUAUACCCAAAAGCUCUAUAUCUGAGACCUCUACUAAUCAGGCUAUGGAAAACGAGAAAGACCAUCAACCUUCUGUGACAGUCGUGCCUUCAGCAACGCAGACUGACGUAGAGAAGGUAGCAUCGCCUGAAAAUAUCAUUUCGGUGGUGCCCACGGAAUCUGUAUCAGAGGACCUUACUCAGGAAGUUGUCGAGGUAGCGAAAAGUUCAGAUGCGGAAACGCCGGCUCCGUCCAUAGCAGUGGAGUCUCUAAAAGCUACGCAAAUUGGUGAAGGAGAGAAGAUCGCUGCUGCCAAUAUACACAAAUCGUCAGAAACAAUACCUUUGGAUAUACCCAAAAGCUCUAUAUCUGACACCUCUACUAAUCAGGCUAUGGAGAACGAGAACGGUCGAGAUCAUAAAGGCCAUCUACCUUCCGUAACAGUCGUGCCUUCAGUAACGCAGACUGACGUAGAGAAGGUAGCAUCGCCUAAAAAUAUCAUUUCGGUGGUGCCCACGGAAUCUGUAUCAGAGGACCUUACUCAGGAAGUUGUCGAAGUAGCGAAACGUUCAGAUGCGGAAACGCCGGCUCCGUCCAUAGCAGCGGAGUCUCUAAAAGCUACGCAAAUUGGUGAAGGAGAGAAGAUCGCUGCUGCCAACAUACACAUAUCGUCAGAAACAAUACCUUUGGAUAUACCCAAUCGCUCUAUAUCUGAGACCUCUACUAAUCAGGCUAUGGAAAACGAGAAAGACCAUCAACCUUCCGUGACAGUCGUGCCUUCAGCAACGCAGACUGACGUAGAGAAGGUAGCAUCGCCUGAAAAUACAAUUGCCGUGGUGCACACGGAAUCUGUAUCAGAGGCCCUUACUCAGGAAGUUGUCGAAGUAGCGAAAAGUUCAGAUGCGGAAACGCCGGCUCCGCCCGUAGCAGUGGAGUCUAUAGAAGCUAUGCAAAUUGGUGAAGCAGAGAAGAUCGCUGCAUUCAAUAGACACAUAUCGUCAGAAACGAUACCUUUGGAUAUACCCAAAAGCUCUAUAUCUGAGACCUCUACUAAUCGGGCUAUAGAAAACGAGAAAAACCAUCAACCUUCCGUGACAGUCGUGCCUUCAGUAACGCAGACUGACGUAGAGAAGGUAGCAUCGCCUCAAAAUAUCAUUGCGUUGGUGCCCACGGAAUCUGUAUCAGAGGCCCUUUCUCAGGAAGUUGUCGAAGUAGCGAAAAGUUCAGAUGCGGAAGCGCCGGCUCCGCCCGUAGCAGUGGAGUCUAUAGAAGUAACGCAAAUUGGUGAAGCAGAGAACAUCGCUGCUGUAAAUAUACACAUAUCGUCAGAAACAAUACCUUUGGAUAUACCCAAAACCUCUAUAUCUGAGACAUCUAAUAAUCAGGCUAUGGAGAACGAGAACGGUCGAGAUCAUAAAGACCAUCUACCUUCCGUAACAGUCGUGCCUUCAGUAACGCAGACUGACGUAGAGAAUGUAGCAUCGCCUGAAAAUAUCAUUGCGGUGGUGCCCACGGAAUCUGUAUCAGAGGACCUUACUCAGGAAGUUGUCGAAAUAGCGAAAAGUUCAGAUGCGGAAGCGCCGGUUCCGACCGUAGCAGUGGAGUCUAUAGAAGCAUCACAAAUUGGUGAAGCAGAGAACAUCGCUGCUGUAAAUAUACACAUUUCGUCAGAAACAAUACCUUUGGAUAUUCCGAAAACUUCUAUAUCUGAGACAUCUAAUAAUCAGGCUAUGGAGAACGAGAACGGUCGAGAUCAUAAAGACCAUCAACCUUCCGUAACGGUCGUGCCUUCAGUAACGCAGACUGACGUAGAAAAGGUAACAUCGCCUGACAAUAUCAUGGCGGUGGUGCCCACGGAAUCUGCAUCAGAGGCCCUUAUUCAGGAAGUUGUCGAAGUAGCGAAAAGUUCAGAUGCGGAAGCGCCGGCUCCGCCCGUAGCAGUGGAGUCUAUAGAAGUAACGCAAAUUGGUGAAGCAGAGAACAUCGCUGCUGUAAAUAUACACAUAUCGUCAGAAACAAUACCUUUGGAUAUACCCAAAAUCUCUAUAUCUGAGACAUCUAAUAAUCAAGCUAUGGAAAACGAGAAAGACCAUCAACCUUCCGUGACAGUCGUGCCUUCAGCAACGCAGACUGACGUAGAGAAGGUAGCAUCGCCUGAAAAUAUCAUUGCCGUGGUGCACACGGAAUCUGUAUCAGAGGACCUUACUCAGGAAGUUGUCGAAGUAGCGAAAAGUUCAGAUGCGGAAACGCCGGCUUCUUCGGUAGCAGUGGAGUCUAUAGAAGCUACGCAAAUUGGUGAAGCAGAGAAGAUCGCUGCUGCCAAUAUACACAUAUCGUCAGAAACAAUACCUUUGGAUAUACCCAAAAGCUCUAUAUCUGAGACCUCUACUAAUCAGGCUAUGGAAAACAAGAAAGACCAUCAACCUUCCGUGACAGUCAUGCCUUCAGUAACGCAGACUGACGUAGAGAAGGUAGCAUCGCCUGAAAAUAUCAUUUCGGUGGUGCCCACGGAAUCUGUAUCAGAGGACCUUACUCAGGAAGUUGUCGAAGUAGCGAAAAGUUCAGAUGCGGAAACGCCGGCUCCGUCCGUAGCAGUGGAGUCUCUAAAAGCUACGCAAAUUGGUGAAGGAGAGAAGAUCGCUGCUGCCAAUAUACACAAAUCGUCAGAAACAAUACCUUUGGAUAUACCCAAAAGCUCUAUAUCUGAGACCUCUACUAAUCAGGCUAUGGAGAACGAGAACGGUCGAGAUCAUAAAGACCAUCUACCUUCCGUAACAGUCGGGCCUUCAGUAACGCAGACUGACGUAGAGAAGGUAGCAUCGCCUAAAAAUAUCAUUUCGGUGGUGCCCACGGAAUCUGUAUCAGAGGACCUUACUCAGGAAGUUGUCGAAGUAGCGAAAAGUUCAGAUGCGGAAACGCCGGCUCAGUCCAUAACAGUGGAGUCUCUAAAAGCUACGCAAAUUGGUGAAGGAGAGAAGAUCGCUGCUGCCAAUAUACACAUAUCGUCAGAAACAAUACCUUUGGAUAUACCCAAAAGCUGUAUAUCUGAGACCUAUACUAAUCAGGCUAUGGAAAACGAGAAAGACCAUCAACCUUCCGUGACAGUCAUGCCUUCAGCAACGCAGACUGACGUAGAGAAGGUAGCAUCGCCUGAAAAUAUCAUUGCCGUGGUGCACACGGAAUCUGUAUCAGAGGCCCUUACUCAGGAAGUUGUCGAAGUAGCGAAAAGUUCAGAUGCGGAAACGCCGGCUCCUUCGGUAGCAGUGGAGUCUAUAGAAGCUAUGCAAAUUGGUGAAGCAGAGAAUAUCGCUGCAUUCAAUAGACACAUAUCGUCAGAAACGAUACCUUUGGAUAUACCCAAAAGCUCUAUAUCUGAGACCUCUAAUAAUCAGGCUAUGGAAAACGAUAAAGACCAUCAACCUUUCGAAAUAGUCGUGCGUUCACUAACGCAGACUGACCUGGAGAAGACAACAUCGCCUGAAAAUAUCAUUGCGGUGGUGCCCACGGCAUCCGCAUCAGGGGCCCCUACUCAGGAAGUUGUCGAAGUAGCGAAAGGCGCAGACACGGAGGCGCCGUCCGCAGCACUGAAGUCUAUAGAAGUAACGCAAACUGGUGAAGCAGAGAAGAACGCUGCUUUUAAUUUACACAUUUCGUCAGAAACAAUACCUUUGGAUAUUCCGAAAACUUCUAUAUCUGAGACAUCUAAUAAUCAGGCUAUGGAGAACGAGAACGGUCGAGAUCAUAAAGACCAUCAACCUUCCGUAACGGUCGUGCCUUUAGUAACGCAGACUGACGUAGAAAAGGCAACAUCGCCUGACAAUAUCAUGGAAUCUGUAUCAGAGGCCCUUACUCAGGAAGUUGUCGAAGUAGCGAAAGGCUCAGACGCGGAGGCCCGGUCCGUAGCAGUGGAGUCUAUAGAAGCAUCACAAACUGGUGAAGCAGAGAAGAUCGCUGCUGUAAAUAUACACAUAUCGUCAGAAACGAUACCGUUGGAUAUACCCAACAGAUCUAUAUCUGAGGCCUCUACUAAUCAGGGUAUGGAAAACGAGAAAGACCAUCAACCUUCCGUGACAGUCGUGCCUUCAGUAUCGCAGACUGACCUAGAGAAGUUAGCAUCGCCUCAAAAUAUCAUUGCCGUGGUGCCCACGGAAUCUGCAUCAGAGGCCCUUAUUCAAGAAGUUGUCGAAGUAGCGAAAAGUUCAGAUGCGGAAGCGCCGGCUCCGCCCGUAGCAGUGGAGUCUAUAGAAGUAACGCAAAUUGGUGAAGCAGAGAACAUCGCUGCUGUAAAUAUACACAUAUCGUCAGAAACAAUACCUUUGGAUAUACCCAAACUCUCUAUAUCUGAGACAUCUAAUAAUCAAGCUAUGGAAAAAGAGAAAGACCAUCAACCUUCCGUGACAGUCGUGCCUUCAGCAACGCAGACUGACGUAGAGAAAGUAGCAUCGCCUGAAAAUAUCAUUGCCGUGGUGCACACGGAAUCUGUAUCAGAGGACCUUACUCAGGAAGUUGUCGAAGUAGCGAAAAGUUCAGAUGCGGAAGCGCCGGCUCCUUCGGUAGCAGUGGAGUCUAUCGAAGCUACGCAAAUUGGUGGAGGAGAGAAGAUUGCUGCUGCCAAUAUACACAUAUCGUCAGAAACAAUACCUUUGGAUAUACUCAAAAGCUGUAUAUCGGAGACCUCUAAUAAUCAGGCUAUGGAAAACGAUAAAGACCAUCAACCUUCCGUGACAGUCGUGCCUUCAGCAACGCAGACUGACAUAGAGAAGGUAGCAUCGCCCGAAAAUAUCAUUGCCGUGGUGCACACGGAAUCUGUAUCAGAGGCCCUUACUCAGGAAGUUGUCGAAGUAGCGAAAUGUUCAGAUGCGGAAACGCCGGCUUCUUCGGUAGCAGUGGAGUCUAUAGAAGCUACGCAAAUUGGUGAAGCAGAGAAGAUCGCUGCUGCCAAUAUACACAUAUCGUCAGAAACAAUACCUUUGGAUAUACCCAAAAGCUCUAUAUCUGAGACCUCUACUAAUCAGGCUAUGGAAAACGAGAAAGACCAUCAACCUUCCGUGACAGUCGUGCCUUCAGCAACGCAGGCUGACGUAGAGAAGGUAGCAUUGCCUGAAAAUAUCAUUUCGGUGGUGCCCACGGAAUCUGUAUCAGAGGCCCUUACUCAGGAAGUUGUCGAAGUAGCGAAAAGUUCAGAUGCGGAAACGCCGGCUCCGUCCAUAACAGUGGAGUCUCUAAAAGCUACGCAAAUUGGUGAAGGAGAGAAGAUCGCUGCUGCCAAUAUACACAUAUCGUCAGAAACAAUACCUUUGGAUAUACCCAAAAGCUCUAUAUCUGAGACCUCUACUAAUCGGGCUAUAGAAAACGAGAAAAACCAUCAACCUUCCGUGACAGUCGUGCCUUCAGUAACGCAGACUGACGUAGAGAAGGUAGCAUCGCCUCAAAAUAUCAUCGCGGUGGUGCCCACGGAAUCUGUAUCAGAGGCCCUUAUUCAGGAAGUUGUCGAAGUAGCGAAAAGUUCAGAUGCGGAAGCGCCGGCUCCGCCUGUAGCAGUGGAGUCUAUAGAAGCAACGCAAACUGGUGAAGCAGAAAAUAUUGCUGCUGUAAAUAUACACAUAUCGUCAGAAACAAUACCUUUGGAUUUACCCAAACUCUCUAUAUCUGAGACAUCUCAUAAUCAGGCUAUGGAGAACGACAACGGUCGAGAUCAUAAAGACCAUCUACCAUCCGUAACAGUCGUGCCUUCAGUAACGCAGACUGACGUAGAGAAGGUAGCAUCGCCUGAAAAUAUCAUUGCGGUGGUGCCCACGGAAUCUGUAUCAGAGGCCCAUACUCGGGAAGUUGUCGAAGUAGCGAAAAGUUCAGAUGCGGAAGCGCCGGUUCCGCCCGUAGCAGUGGAGUCUCUAGAAGCAACGCAAACUGGUGAAGCAGAGAAGAUUGCUGCUGUAAAUAUACACAUUUCGUCAGAAACAAUCCCUUUGGAUAUACCCAAAAGUUUUGUAUCUGAGACACCUAAUAAUCAGGCUAUGGAGAACGAGAACGGACGAGAUCAUAAAGACCAUCAACCUUCCGUAACAGACGUGCCUUCAGUAACGCAGACUGACCUAGAGAAGACAACAUCGCCUGAAAACAUCAUUGCGGUGGUGCCCACGGAAUCUGUAUCAGAGGACCUUACUCAGGAAGUUGUCGAAGUAGCGAAAAGUUCAGAUGCGGAAACGCCGGCUUCUUCGGUAGCAGUGGAGUCUAUGGAAGCUACGCAAAUUGGUGAAGGAGAGAAGAUCGCUGCUGCCAAUAUACACAUAUCGUGUGAAACAAUACCUUUGGAUAUACCCGAAAGCCGUAUAUCUGAGACCUCUACUAAUCAGGCUAUGGAAAACGAGAAAGACCAUCAACCUUCCGUGACAGUCGUGCCUUCAGCAACGCAGACUGACGUAGAGAAGGUAGCAUCGCCUGAAAAUAUCAUUGCCGUGGUGCCCACGGAAUCUGUAUCAGAGGCCCUUAUUCAGGAAGUUGUCGAAGUAGCGAAAGGGGUAGAUGCGGAAGCGCCGGUUCCGCCCGUAGCAGUGGAGUCUAUAGGAGUAACGCAAACUGGUGAAGCAGAGAAUAUUGCUGCUGUAAAUAUACACACAUCGUCAGAAACAAUACCUUUGGAUAUACCCAAACUCUCUAUAUCUGAGACAUCUAAUAAUCAAGCUAUGGAAAACGAGAAAGACCAUCGCUCGUUCGAGAUAGUCGUGCCUUCAGUAACGCAGACUGAUCUAGAGAAGACAACAUCGCCUGAAAAUAUCAUUGCGGUGGUGCCCACGGAAUCUGUAUCAGAGGCCCUUACUCAGGAAGUUGUCGAAGUAGCGAAAAGUUCAGAUGCGGAAGCGCCGGUUCCGCCCGUAGCAGUGGAGUCUAUAGAAGUAACGCAAACUGGUGAAACAGAGAAGAUCGCUGCUGUCAAUAUACUCAUAUCGUCAGAAACAAUACCUUUGGAUAUACCCGAAAGCUGUAUAUCGGAGACCUCUAAUAAUCAGGCUAUGGAAAACGAGGAAGACCAUCAACCUUUCGAGACAGUCGUGCCUUCAGGAACUGACCUAGAGAAGGCCAUAUCGGCAUAUAAAAUCGUUGUGGCGGUGUCAAAGGGAUCUGCGGUGUUGCCCAAAGAAUAUGUAUCAGAACUACUUCCUCAGCAGGCUGUCGAAACGAGAAGCUCAGACGUUAAGGCGCCGGCUACGUUCGUGGCAGUGGAGUCUUCAGAAGAAGUGGUUAAGCAGACUGUCGAAAACGAAAGGUCUUCAGAUGCUGAAAGUCAUGCAGCCUUCGCGACAACGAUGCUAUCAGAAGGUAUCAUUCCAGAGAAGUCAACGCAAGCUCUAUUAGACAGUCUCUCGCAGGACGUGGUCGAAAUGGAAAAAGGACUAAGCGAUGAAGUGAAUGCAUUUAUAAGAAAAACGCUGACUGGCGUAGAGCCUGAAUCAGAUGUCGGUGUGGUCCUACCGUCGGAAAUAAUCCUACUUGAGAUGACUUCGCAGCUCUCAUCAGAGGUCCUUUCUAAGAAUGCUGAUGGAAUACAGAAAUGUUUUGACACUGAAGCCGUGGUAGUGGUACCUUCAGAUGUAACGCAAACCAAAGAAGCAGAAUCAUUAUUAUCUGCCGAUGUGCUGAUACAACCAGAGACAUUAUUUUCGGAGAAAAACGAAGAAUAUAUGCCAGGAGCAUGCGAGAAACCUAAAGGGAAAGAUCCAACCAGAGAAUAUAAAGCCCCAUCUGUGACACAUCCGGUAGAAUCUCGGAAGGAAGCUGCAACAAUUGGAAUGGUGGAAACGUUUAGGCAAAUUGUCGAAAUAGAGAAUGUUAAAACACAAGCUUUUUCCAUAACACCGCCUGCAGAAACUGUAAUAUCUAAAACAGGGGCUAUCGCUGCUGCUCCGGCGGUUGAGACUGUAGAAACCUGUCAUGGUGCGGAAAAAGGGGUUGCACCAACAGAUGGUAGUCAGGUUUCUCAUAUAACAGCUAAAGAUACUCACUAUUUACCUGAACUAAAAUCUGGAAAGACAUCGGGAGCUAUGGGAAUCGGAGUUUCGUCUCAUGGUUUUGAAUCACCAAUUUCACAAUCGAACUUAUCUUACGGAGCAACUCGUACUGCUGAAAAUUCUUACAUCGGCUCCGUGGCUGAAAAAUCUAACAAAGAUAUAGUUUCAUCUGGAAAUUUUGAUGAAAACUUAUCUGAAGCAAAAUCUUUAGGCCCUAACAUUAACUCAGAUACAGGCGGCUCUAUAGCAGAGCGUGAGUAUAAGAAAUGGAAUAAUGCGGUGGAAAUGCCUAAUAACCCAUAUGCACCGGAGGCGUUGAAGCGACGUAUCAGCGGUAGCCAAGAGCGUUUCAUGGAUUUGCCAAACAUAAGCCAGAGCACAAAUAAGAACCCAAUAUCCCUCAUUAAAACCACAAAAUCAGAGGCCCUUGCGGAGAACGAAAGUCGCAGCGAUAUUGACUACAAAAGAUAUAGUCGCGACUACUACAUCAACGAUGAUAAAGUGCUUAAAACCAGUCCGAAACACCAAAUUAUCACAACAGACUCUAAUUGUCCCAGCCUGAAUAUCAGUGAUGAACCCACAGCAGAUAUCGCCAUCAAUGAGGAACAAAAAACCAUCGUCGUACGCAAUGGGGAUAAGGCGUCGACGGCCGCUACUAUCAAGUUAACACCUGAGACUUCUUCUGAACCAACAUUGCAAGUGACCGUACCCUUAUCCCCAACAUUGGAGGAUGCACCACGAUGCCCGAUUUCUGAACAGGCAGCUGAAUGUGAAACACGGCAACCCACAGAAUCAACUUUAGAAGCGAAUAUCAACAGCAGCAGCAUCACAGUGAACCGCACUCCAAUCACACCGACACGAGGCUCCACACCAAUGGCGUUCAAGUUUCUACAACCAAAACGAAAAUUAAUUGAUCCGAGCCAAAUACUGUCCUUGGAUGAAGGAGCGGACGCGCUUUCAAUUUUUACUGCUAAUGAAAAGGCGGUCGUCGAAGAGGAGGUGGCACAAGUCAUGCCAUCCGUGAAAGCUUUGGCACAAGCAUUUAUUCUCAGCUCAAGCAAGUACACAAUUGCGGAAAAACGAUGGAAAAAAGGGGUCCAAAACAUGCCUUCCGUGUCGAGCAAACCCAUUUUCAAGCAAGAGGCUAUGCAGAAAACUGAAGCUAGUACAUCCAUAGCGGAAAUUGCUGAAGAUGCCACGAUUGCAUCGGAUCUAUCGUCUUUGGAAACAGAUCCGCCUACAAACAAGGAUUUGGUAACUGUGAAACCAAUAGACGAUCUCUCUCCCAUCACUCCAUCGCCGACAAACUCACCUACUUCAGACCUUGCCACAAAGGUUGAAGGCAACAAAAGUGCCACAAACGCUCUUCGGCGUAUCAGCAUGCUAAAAAGUAAUAUUGCUUUCUUUGAGAAUUUAAGGUUUAAGUAAAUAUUACGGUGAAAUAAGUAUAAAAAUGCGAUAGAAUCAUUGCGAUUUGUAGUAAAACGCAGUGCUGAUUGAAAACUAUUUCGCGAGCCUAAAUACGUUCGCCAGCUGGUCAUUGCCCCAGGGCUCCUGGCGGAAUACAUACGUGCUUGCUGCAUACUCACAGAUGAGUGGCAGAUCUAUGCAUACCUGUAUAGAUACAUGGAUCGUAUAUAUAUACAUAUAUGAAUGUACUUCUAAGACUCGUGCCAUCGAAUUUCUUGCUAGGGGGCUCCUACCCCAUCUUUAUAUUUGGUCAAUUCCCAUUCAUUCAGUCAUAUUCGCUUUUAUUCUUUGUAGCUCUGUUUACCACAACAGAUUCAGAGUGUCCAAAGUUAAUUUAGGAGUUAUGUUAUUGAAAAGAGGUACUGCAAAGGACGUUAAAGGCGUUUUUAGUUUUAAGUGUUACUUACUUAAUAAAUUAAUGCAUAGUAUUAUGUUUCAUAUGGUACUUCCA